CCCAUCCUCAUCAUCACAUCAUCCUCCGCUUGCCCGGCCGGUCGCAUUGCAGCAAGAGGUUGCGCCGGCGAGGAUUAACUACCCCGCUGUCUACAUCGACUGCGUCCUGCGCCGCGGCGAGAGAGCGCCGCGCGUCGUCCAAGAUGCGACUCUCCCAGUACCGGCAGCCACUCGCGUCCCUAUGCCUACACUUCCUGGUGCUUUGCUUUCAAGUGCAGGCGGCGCCGGAUUUUACGCAGCACGUGGAGGCGCAGCUCCAGCGACCGGACGCCGUGAGCCGCAAGCACAUCCGCUCCUACCAGCUCUACAGCCGCACGAGCGGCAAGCACGUGCAGAUCGUAAACAAGCGCAUCAACGCGCGCGCCGACGACGGCAAUAAGUUCGCCAAACUGACCGUGGAAACGGACACGUUCGGCAGCCGCGUGCGGAUAAAAGGAGCAGAAUCCGGCUACUACAUCUGCAUGAACAACAAGGGGAAGCUGGUGGGCAAGAAGGAGGGCAAAGACACCGACUGCGUCUUCAAGGAGAUCGUGCUGGAGAACAACUACACCGCGCUCGAGUCGGUCAUGUACGGCGGCUGGUACAUGGGCUUCACGCGCAAGGGCCGGCCGCGCAAGGGCUCGCAGACGAGCCAGCACCAGCGCGAGGUCCACUUCAUGAAACGCUUCCAGCGCACGUCGGAGGAACGCGAGCGCAAGUUCAUCCAGGUCGCCACGGGGGCCGCGCGCCGCAGCAAGCGCAUGCACGGGGGGGCCGCCGCCGCUGCCGCCGCCGCAGGAUCGUCGUCAUCGUCGUCUGCGUCGUCUAAGUCCGAGUCGUCGUCUUCGUUGGCUUCCCGCCCGCGGUAGAUGCGCGAGGAAGGGAGCGCGCGCGAGCUGCACGUGGCACGCGGCGCGAAAGAAGGACGGACGCGGCAGGAGGGAGGGGAGGAGAGAGUGGAGAGGGGGAGAGAGGGAGAGUGCAGAGAGAUAGAGAGUGGAGGAGGAGGAGGGGAGAUCCCAGAGGUUGAACAAAAAUGGACGGGUGCAGCAGGAGAGAGUGGAGAGGGGGAGAGAGGGAGGGAGAAAGGCUUUGAGAAGUAGGGAAACGUAACCGCAGGGGAGAGAGAGAGAGGCAACGAGUGCGAUGGAAGCAGCAGACAGCAGAGAGAACUGGAGUAAUGUACAUAGCGAGAGAAUGUAUAAAGCGUGCGUGUGAGAGAGACUUUGAGCAGAGUGUGUGUGUGUAAACAGUGUGAGAGCGUGCGAGCUGUGUAGAGAGACGCAGAGAGAGAGAUGGGGGGGGGGAGGUGAGAGAGAACGGUGUCUCAGAGGAUAUCGCGUGGCCUCAUCUCGAUCAGAUAAACCCAACACCCGCAUAAUGCAGAAGCAGGAGCCGAGAAAAUGAGACAACUAAGACACCUCCAUUGUAAUUAUCAUUGACAACAACAACAACAACAGCAACAACGGCGGUGGCGGGCCAUGAUGAGAAUGAACAAUACCGAUCUACAAACGGAAGAGAAAUAAGAAGAAGAAUAAAAAACGAUGAAAAAAAAAUAGAAGUAAUUUUUUUACGACGAAAUGUUUAUUUUUGUAAAAACCCAAACCUCUCGAUAAGACUGCGCUGUCAAGAAGAGUGGACGAGUUCUCCGUGUCGCCACCACUGCGACUUCCAGCAGGGACGUUGCUUCCCUGCAACGUGUUUGCCAAUCUUCGCGUAUUUAUUGAACCAAACGAGCGAGCGAUCACAUGUAAACUCGACGUGGGCAAGCCGACCCUUGUGUUAUGUUCUUUGGGGGGGGGGGGUUAUUGUUGUUAUUAUUAUUUUGUAAGUUUUCUUUUUUUUUUACUCACCGUUCCGAUUAGUCGACUGACACUUUAGCGCAUCGCUGGACGGUACUAUCGCGCAGAAGGGGUGGGGGGAAGAAGCAGUGUAGCCCUGUGCUUGGUACGUUGUACGUUGUCCGCCCUCAUCGGAAGAGUCUACGCGAUUGUAAAGUUUGUCUGCAAGUGCCGUUAAGAAGAGAAAGAUUAAGGGGAGAAAGACGAAGAUUUGUUGACCGAAGACUGCAUACAUAGAACUAAACAAGACGAACAAAACAUGGAUUAUACAGAGACACGUUCGUGAUGAACUCCAUCACACACAGACACAGACACACACAAACACUUACACACGUCUGCAAGCAAAGAGACCACACAGAGAGACAGACCCAAUGAUGGCUCCGUUACAUCUUUGAGAACUUUCAUUUAAACUUCAGAAGACUGCUUUAUUUUUAUUUUUUUGCAAAAAAAUAAGAUAAAUGUGUUUCCGAGGUAUUGUAGAUUUUUUUGUAAAGUUUUCCUGCCAGUAAAGAAAGAGAAACGGUUGUAUCCUACACAAUGUACACUUAAGAUGAUGCUCCAUACGAACCUCACCGUUCACCCCGCAGACCGGUUGCAGUAUAGGCUGUGGCUGCUUUGAUCCCGCCAGCACACACUCGCGCUAGCGGCCCCGUGUAGACUGCUCGCAUACAGCCACCCGCACGCGCACGCGCGACCCACGCACGCGUGACCCACGCACGCGCGCGCGCGACCCACGCACGCGCACGCGCGACCCACGCACGCGCACGCGAGACCCACGCACGCAGGCAGGCAGGAAGGCGCUCGUUACUUCGAGAAGAGAAAAAACUUAGAUGCCUUUUUAAGUUGAAUUCCGUUCCGUUGAUAUGACAAAAAAUUAACAUAUCGUAUUUUUUUUAUAUAAUGUAUUUAUUUAUUGUUCAACCGACAAACUUGCAUUAAAGAUGAAAACACUGUAAAGCUACCUGGCCCGAAUUCAUUUGUUGUUGACGAGUUGUAUUUUGUAAGCACCCUUUUAGAGAGGAACAAGCAACGCAGUGUUUAAAGGCUUGCAAGACUUCGAGUGAAGCGCCGCAUUAAACAGAUGUUGGCUUAACCGAUUAAGGGAUUCCUUUAAACGUGUCCAAGCCGUUUUGCCUCGCUGCCUAAAACGAACGUGUUUAGCAAACAUUGCCGCGAUGAUCUGAACCACUGUUAUCGCCUUCGGUGAAUGCGUCGCGCGCUGCUAGCCACGGGCAUGACCCCCGCGUAUCUCUUCCCGUUCUCACGUGCCAAGGCAGAUCUGCUUCGUCAGUCGCUGCCCUAUUAAAGCAAAUCAAGGCAGCACGCGACACCGACUGAGUAUUGCG